UUGCUUUGAACAUUUAUCUCAACUUAUCGAUUUCUCUGUAGCUGAGGCGCAAUGAACGCGGUGUCGAACACUCCGCCGGAAUUCAACCAAGUGAACGUCGGAGAAAGCGAUUCAGAUACGAACUCCGACAAAGCUCCAGAAUACUAUCAGUCAAUCUCCUCGGCCGAUGGAGAUGACGAGGACGAAGAAUUCUCCGAUCAACAUUCAAAUCUCGGUGACAGAGAUCGAGAUCUGUCCUUCUUCCUCCAGAUUUUCUUGAUUAUUCGUUGGGGUUUUCGUCGUCGUUGCCGCCAUGGCUGCGAGGGAGUAGCUGCUAUUGUCGCCGCGGUUGAAGAACAGGCGGUCGGACCUCACCGCGAAUCCGCGAUUGAAGAACAGGGUCCAUAUUAG